UGGCAGCAGAGUUUAUGCUUGAGGAGGGAGCCGCUUCCCAUCGCUCUCACAGUCCAAGAGUGGCAGUCCGUCCGCAGUCUGCCUCAGCACCUCUAACGCCCGCUAUGCCCUUGGAUACUGCCACCCUGCUCACUUCCACACCGAUUAACCGUCAAUCUUAACGGGGUACCCUGGAUCUGUACUACUGGAGUGUUGCGUUCACUGUCCUGAGUCCUCUGCGCUGCGAAUGGAGAAGGUCCAAGGAUAACAGAGGGGUGCAGGACUGUGCUACUGCAGAAGACCUGCCGGUAGUUCGCUGCCUGGGGGGCUGCCAUUUCUGUCAGGGGCUGUGGUGUCGCAUCCACUGUUUUAAUUAUCUAAAAUCGCCUUGCAUGGAUGCAGCAUGGCUACGUUUAUAUGCAGGGUGCAGUUCUUAGAUGAUACUGAUCCAUUUAACAGCACCAAUUUCCCCGAGCCCACCAGGCCACCACUUUUCACUUUCAGGGAAGAUAUUCCUCUGAUAAAUCAGAUUGCUGGAAUCCACAGACUGCUAAAAGCCCCACACAAGCCUGACGACUGUGCCCUUCAGCUGUCCCAUAAUGGAAGCUACCUGGACUUGGAGUCUACGCUGGCAGAGCAGAAAGAUGAACUGGAGGGAUUUCAGGAGGAAGGAGGGAGGGGGAAGAAACACAGCGUUAUUCUUCGAACACAUCUGUCCAUCAGAGUUCACGCCUGCAUAGAAAAACUCUACAACUCAACUGGACGGGAGCUACGGAGAGCACUAUUUUCCCUCAAGCAGAUUUUUCAGGAUGACAAGGACCUGGUGCAUGAGUUUGUGGUGGCAGAAGGACUGACGUGUUUGAUCAAAGUUGGCACUGAAGCCGACCAGAACUACCAGAAUUACAUCCUCAGGGCUCUCGGUCAGAUUAUGCUGUAUGUGGACGGGAUGAACGGCCUCAUAACUCACAAUGAAACGGUGCAGUGGCUUUACACCCUGGUGGGAUCCAAGUUUCGUCUGGUGGUGAAGACAGCCCUAAAACUGCUGCUGGUGUUUGUGGAGUACACCGAGUCUAACGCCGCCCUGCUCAUAAAGGCUGUUAAUGCUGUGGAUGCCAAAAGAGGAACAAAACUGUGGUCAAACAUCAUGGAAAUCCUGGAGGAGAAGGAUGGAGUGGAUACGGAGCUGCUGGUGUAUGCGAUGACACUCAUCAAUAAGACGCUGGCAGGCCUCCCAGAUCAGGACUCGUACUACGACAUGGUGGACUGUCUGGAGGAGCAGGGUGUCGAAGCGGUGGCCCAGAGACACCUGAGCAGGAAGGGCACGGACCUCGACCUCGUAGAACAGUUCAACAUCUACGAGAUCACUCUCCGCCACGAGGACGGAGACGAGGAAACCCAACUGCCUCCCAGCGUCCGCAAGGAGCGCCGGCGGGCCAGUGUCGGGGGAACCAAUGAGAAGCGGGGCCUAGAGAGAAGACGCAGCCGGAGACAUUCGCUCCAAAACAGCAGAGGCCACGCUUCUGCCCCAGCAUCUCCCAGCAGCCCUCAUACUCCCGCAAGCCGCUUCCUGCCCUUCGGUGGCCAACGUGUUGAAGACAUCAGUGAAAGUCUGAGAGAUACAAACACCUUUCCUACAUCUUACACAACCAGAAAGCCUACCUGGGCUGAAAGGAUCAGUGCCAAUGGCAGUCCAUACCCUGGCAGGCACCCCCCUCCCACGUCACCCAGCCAGCGCCUCACCAGUUCAGCUGCCUCCACACCAGACUCCAAAUCAGUUGACAGACCUGCUAUAGGGGGCUUGCUAACGUCUUCAUAUAGGCAGCAUCAGGAGUCUCUGUCUGCGGAAAGAGAGCGAAGACGUUUGGAAAGAGAAGAGCGACUGCAGAGAAUCGAAAGAGAAGAGAGGAACCGCUUCAAUAAAGAUUAUGUAGAGAAGAGGGAAGAAGCAAGACACGCCAGAGAGGAGAGGUACAAGGCCGUGGAGAGGCUAGCCUCAGAGGAGUUUGAGCGGGAGCGCCCCAGGGUGCCAACGAGAGGACGAACAGAGAUCACGUUGUGUUUGAGUCCCAACCCUGUGAGCCGCUCUGUGUCCCGCUGUACCACUCCUUCGUCUAUCAUCUCACAGGAAGACACUGCACAACAAACGUCAGGAACAGAACGUAUCUCAGAGCCAAACCUUGACCCGCAGACCAGACCCGAAAGUCUGGCGCCAGAGUUAACAGUACCAGAACCUACUCCCACACCUCCCCCCGAGCCAGACACGCAGCAGACUGAGAAAGAGUCGCCUGUAGAGACAGAGGAUGUUGAAGAGACUGAGUCCGAACAGAAUGUAGAGCCAGAGUCGGCGUCAGAUGAACGGUCAGGAAUGGAGACAGAAAAGAGGCCGGAGCAGGAGAAGCUUGAGGAGCAGACGCAGUGUGUGGAUGAGGUAGAAGCAGAAGAGGAAGUGAAGGACGUGGAGGUCGUAGAGGAGGGACAACCAGAGGUGGAGGUGAAUGUGGAGGAAGAGCAGCCGACGGAGAGGGAUGUAGAAGACAGUGUACUGCUGAGUGAGAAGGAGAGACAGAACGAGGAAGUGAACGAAAAGGACAACUGCUCCGCAUCCAGCAUCUCCUCCACAAGUAGCACUCUGGAGAGGGAGGAGCGGGAGGAGAAACUCACCAACGACAUCGAAGCAGGCCAGUGGACCCAGUGCAUUAAAGACGCAGAUGUGAACGACCAGUGCAACAAAAUACUCAACAGCAAGCGCUUCAUGCUGGACAUGCUCUACGCUCAGGCCACAACCAGCAAGGAUGAAGAGAAUGUAGCAGAAACGGAGAAAGAGAACUGUAAAUGUGAGAAGGAGGCAGAGGUGGGCGACUCCUCUGUGGCUAGCCUGGCCAGCAGGAUCUCCACACUGGAGGCUCACAGACAGGCCAGGGAGGAAAAUGUGAAGAAAAUGGAGGUGGGGCAUCUGGACAACCAGGGCAAUGUGCGAGCAGUGGCAGAGAAGUUUGGCGAUCUGGUCAAAGGCCUGACAUGUCCUCCGGAGGUGGAGGCCUCUAAAGAGCAGCAGCAGACGGACAAAUCAUCAACGGCUGCCACGGCAACCGCACCCCCCAAGAAAGAGUCAGACUAUAUUUGGGAUCAGCUGAUGGCCGAACCCCGGGAGCUGCGCAUCAAAGAGAUGGACUUCACGGACCUGAGGGACGAGGACGACAUGGACAUUUUAGAUAUGGACAGUCUGAUGGGCUCAAGUGACCUGAUACCCCCACCCCCCCCUCCGCCAUACAAUGCUGCCCUGCCGCCUCCCCCGCCCCUGUUCGGAUGCCCCCCUCCUCCUCCCCCUCCCCUCCUUGGCAAAAUGAUGCCCCCGCCCCCCCCAUUCAUGCCCCCUCUCCCCCCGCCCUCCCCCCAGCUGAGUCGAGGGGAGAUGCCUCUCUUCCAAAAGAAGAAGAAGACCAUCCGUCUCUUCUGGAACGAGGUGCGUCCCGUGGACUGGCAGUGUAAGAGUCAUAAAUUCUGUAAAGAGUCCCUCUGGUCCAAACUGGAGCCAGUCAAAGUGGACACAUCCAAACUGGAGCAGCUGUUUGAGUCCAAGUCCAAGGAGCUGCCUGUCACUAAGAAAGCAGCUGUUGAUGGCAAACGACAAGAAAUCAUCGUCCUGGGUUCAAAACGCAGCAACGCUAUAAACAUCGGCUUGACUGUCUUACCUCCUCCUCGCACCAUUAAGACAGCUAUCCUCAACUUUGAUGAGUACGCACUGAACAAAGAGGGCAUUGAGAAAAUCCUGACGAUGAUCCCCACAGAGGAGGAGAAGCAGAGGAUCCAGGAGGCCCAGCUGGUCAGCCCUGAUAUUCCCCUGGGCAGCGCCGAGCAGUUCCUCCUCACCCUGUCCUCCAUCACAGAGCUGUCGGCCCGCCUGCAGCUGUGGGCAUUCAAGAUGGACUAUGAGCUUCUAGAGAAGGAAGUGGCCGAGCCUCUGCAGGACCUGAAGGAAGGGAUGGACCAGUUAGAGAAGAACAAGACUCUCCGCUACAUCUUGACCACAUUGCUGGCUAUUGGCAACUUCCUCAAUGGCACUAAUGCGAAAGGCUUUGAGCUGAAUUACUUGGAGAAAGUCCCGGAGGUGAAGGACACAGUUCAUAAGCAGUCCCUGCUGCACCACGCCUGCGCCAUCGUGGUGGAGAAGUUUCCAGACAGCACUGACCUCUACUCUGAGAUAGGAGCAAUCACCCGCUUGACCAAGGUGGAUUUCGACCAGCUUCAAGACAAUCUGGCCCAGAUGGAGCGAAGGUGCAAAGCAUCAUGGGAUCACCUCAAGGUCAUUGCGAAACAUGAGAUGAAACCAGCAUUGAAACAAAAAAUGUCUGACUUCCUGAAAGAGUGUGCAGAGAGAAUUAUAAUUCUGAAGAUUGUUCAUCGGAGAAUACUCAACAGGUUUCAUGCCUUUCUGCUGUUCCUGGGCCAUCCGAUAUAUGCAGUACGUGAGGUCAGCAUUCAUCGCUUUAGCAAGAUCCUGAGUGAAUUUGCCCUGGAGUAUCGAACAACAAGAGAGCGCGUGCUACAACAGAAACAGAAGAGGGCCAACCACCGAGAGAGAAACAAGACCAGGGGGAAAAUGAUAACAGAUAGUGAUGAUGACGAUGAUAGUGAGAGUGGUAAAUUCAGCGGGGCUCCAUCAGAGGCACAGGAGAGCCAGCCUCAGGGGAUCCAGUAUGCUGAGGAUGCAGCCGAGCAUGAGAACAUGAAGGCCGUACUGAAGAGUAGCUUGCAGGGCGGAGAGAGCCCCACGUCCACGGUGCCCGGCCUCCGCACACGCACCAGAGCCAGCGGCACCCGAGGGCGUGUGGCCCCAUGGUGCUCUGCCAGUGACGACCCGGUGAACUGCACAGAUGAUACGGCUGAUGAGAUCAUGGAGAGGAUUGUGAGGUCAGCCACUCAGGGUCCCAGCCAGCGGACGCAACCUCGGGAGAGAAGGCGAUCCCGAGUCAACCGAAAAUCAUUGAGAAGGACACUUAAGAACGGCUUGACUACAGAGGAGGCCAACGCUCUGGGCUUGUCCAGUGGUUCAGAGAUGCAGGUGUGAGAUGGACAAAAGGCCGUGUGGAAGCCCUUUCACUGCCCCUCCAUUGCCUACAUCCAACCUGGCAACCCACUCCACUCUGGCUUGGCCAUAAAAUCCCCCCUAGCUUUGAUGAGUUGACCUUAUCUGUAUGCGUUUUAGUUCACAUAGGCUUGUCACAAGUGCUUCCUGGAGAGAUUGGAUAAAAGCUUUUAUUCAUGAACUGACGGUCAGAGAGCGGAGUGCUGUAUCCAAACCACUAAGCUUUGCUAUUGCUGGAUCAACAUCGAUGACGUACACUCAUUCAGCCUAAUCACAGUCAUCCUUCCAAAAGGACAGCACCCUCGCUAAAGGGUGUUUUUUAAGGCUGAGGGCAUCAAAAGAGCUGCAUGUGCUUUCGAUCUCCGUGGCCUUGACUGAAUCCAAAGGGCAGGAAGUAUGGUACGGACACUAAAUUCUCCUUGAGUUUAGUGUCAGCCCUGCAGCUUUAGGGACAAACUAAAAGACAUUUCAUCUGUUGAAUAGAUGGCUUUGUGCUGAGGGUUAUAUACUACUGUGGUAGUUUUGUGUUUCUUUUUUAUUUUGCUCAAGAAGGUGCUCAAAUAAGGAACAAUUGCACUGGAUGUAAAAGUUGGGUAUCAAUGGAAUGUGAAAUCCUUGACACUGAUGAACCACUGACAUCGGAAAUAAUACUCAACAGUUAAACCAGCAAAUUUACAGUAGCACAGUUUUGUCUAAUCUAAGUGACUGGAUCAGAAGGAAUUUAUCAGAGAAACUUCCUUUUAAAGAUCUUAUUCAACAGUUAAGGUGAGACUCGUGAUUCCACUCGUCUCAGUCUAAUGCUCAAUAGUUUUAGCUAAAAAAAAAUGUCACAUCAUGUGACCUAUUCUCUCUGACGGACUGAACAGUUUAAGCAAGGCGAGUGCAGUGUUACAAGGAAGCAAUCUUCAGUUAUAUAGUUUUAUUUUCUAGAAACUAUGAGCUGCACAUCUCAGAGUGCCUUUCAGAGACAGUUAUUUAUUCAAAUGUUUUCAGGGACAUUUAAUCAAGAAAAUGUUACUACAGAUGUGCAGUCUGUGAGGGACGAGGGGAUAAUACUGCAAUGUACAUCUUUCACGAGCUGUGAUUUAUUUUUAACCAGUGUUUUUAAUCCUGUCCUGGACCCAAUAGUAUGUAAUGAAGAUAGCUUUAAAGUAUUUAUGACAUUUUAGGAUUGGUCAUGCACAUUAGCCGUAUCCUGUUGCCUUAUUGUGCAUUGCUCCACUCUAGUCAAGAUCUAAAUAAAGUUAUUAAAAAUAGACCAGGCCAAUUUAAUGUGUAGUUCAGCUGGCUUCACUGGAGAUCUCAGUUUGUCGUUCACAGGACAUUCAUUAUCUAACUAUGAAUGUGAACAUCAGGGGGUAAUUAGCAAUACGGACGCACACAAAAUCUCAAUUAUGUAUCUAUUGUUAUUUACAUCUGUAUUAAAGUAAAAAAGGAGCCCGCAGUUUAACUUUGAUUGUGUCAUUGUGCUAUUAAUCUAUUUGCAAUGGCCUUGGCUAAAUUAAUAACUUGCACCAUUUCACUUCAUGUCAUAGCAAUGAUAAUCUAUCCACUGUGACGGAAACAUAGCCAUUGAGAAAGAAACACAUCUAGUGCAACAUCGUAAUGAAGCUAUGUGAAACCCACCCAACAGUUCAUGUUCUUGUUUUGAAUUAACUGAAAACUAAUCAGCACCUUAGGCCCACUGUGUAGCAUGCAACUUAGUGGAACUGAAGUUAUGGGGGGGGGGGGGGGUUCCCAGAUUGUACUGAUUUCUGUCAAAAACCAGACAGAAUAGAUGUGUAAGGUAUUAUAGGGGGAAUGCUGUAAAGUGAUGUACAUGACAAUGUCUUUGAGUUCUGUUGUUUUGGCUCCAUGUGUAGAAUAGUGUAUUAUAGACUAAAAGCAGUAUUAUUCUAAAUAUAAUUUAAGCAAACCAAGCCAUGCAUGGUUUAAAAAAAAAAAAAAAAGGUUUCACUUCUGCUCAAUACGAAAGUUGGUUCUCUGUGGUAGGGUUUGUGUUAAUACAUAUUUUACUUUACACACAUUGUGAAACUCACCAGCUAGUCCUGUGGAAAGAAGCCUUUGAUUUCAUUGCACUCAACAUUUCUUCUUUGUAAUUGAACAUUAGCCCACCACACAUGUUGCUGCCUGUGCCAUGACAUCACUGUGGAACUUGGAAACAAGUGCUAUACAACCAAGGCUUCCAUCACGUCUUUGCCCACAGCAAAAACUAUGUAACAAAGUCAAUAAAAAGGCUCAUUAAAACGUU